UAUCAUUUCUCUCUGUGGGCCUCUUCUCUUUCUUUUUAAGCCCUGUGUGGUACUGCUUACAGGAAAGACUAGGGAGUUGCUCGCGUUUUGACAUUUUAGAGCUCGUUUCCUCUCAAACUUUUGCGUGCCUGUGUAGAAAUUUACAAGGGUAAUAUUACCGCUGGAUCGUAAUUGGAGCCGUAAACAAAAAGCUGCAAAUCUGUGUAAAACUGUGAGGAAAGAGUAACGUAAUGGUAACUCACCGUUGGGCAUCAAGAUCGUUGAAAUGCCAGUUGCAGAAGCAGACAUGAAAAGAGCUGUAUCGGGCUCCCAAGGUGACAUACUGGCUUGGUGAUUUGUACUGCUGUGCAGUUCUGUGUGGACGCAAUGGUUAGUUGCGGCUUCGCAUAAGGGAAGUCCUGUCUCUGCUGCCUGUAGGAUAACUACAUGGCUACAGAAUUUUGAGAGUGGAACUUGUCACACGUGUUUUUGGACUAAGCCGAAGAAUGAAAUUUAACCAUCUUUCUUCACUGAAGAUUUAUUGCAGAAUAAAUAUCUUCUAACAUCCAAUAAUCCAAUUUGUACAAAGUUCUUUGGAACAGCAGAGCUGUAUCUUUUAAUUCUAGUUCACGUGACUGGACUUUGUACCUAUUUGCUGAUAAUAAGCAUGCAGCCAUCUCGUCUGAAAACUAGAGGCAGAAACUGAAACAAUUCCGUGCUGCAAGAAACUGUAGAGAAGGAACUUGGUCUUCAGUGAGCAGCUACACUUGUUUAUUUUAAAUGUCUCUUGUGCAAAUUAAGAGGAAGGAGAAGCUAUUCAUUUAUGUCUUGUGCCUCCUUACACCAGCAACACCGAAGAAGAUGAGACUCAUUUUAUUUCUAAUAAUUUGCCAGUGUGCCAUAAACAGUGUCAGUACCCACCAUGUUUCAAAUCCCAAUGUCAUUUUACUGAUGGCUGAUGAUCUUGGUAUUGGAGACCUGGGAUGUUAUGGGAACAGAACCUUAAGAACUCCUAAUAUUGACAGGUUAGCAGAGGAAGGAGUGACCCUUACUCAGCAUGUAGCAGCAUCUCCACUUUGUACUCCAAGCAGGGCAGCUUUCCUGACAGGGCGAUAUCCUAUCAGAUCAGGAAUGGCUGCCUUCUCACGAGUUGGUGUCUUCUUAUUUUCUGCCUCUUCUGGGGGACUUCCUUCUGAAGAAAUAACUUUUUCCAAACUCCUGAAGCAGAGAGGUUAUGCAACAGCUCUAAUAGGAAAGUGGCAUCUUGGGAUGAACUGUGAAAGCAGUAAUGACUUCUGUCACCACCCCCUCAGUCAUGGAUUUGAUUACUUUUAUGGGCUUACCGUGACCAAUUUUAGAGACUGCAAACCUGGCCAAGGCAGCGUAUUUUUAAAAGGCGUUCAGAAAUCCCUUGUCAUCCCAAUCCAAAUCGCUGGAAUCACCCUGGUCUCUUUGGCAAUAGCGCAGUACAUUGGCCUCCUCAAAGUACCUUUCCGAGCAUUGGGUUACUGCUUGUUAAUAACCGCUAUUUCACUUGUGGUUUUGAUCUUCUUCUUUUAUCAUUUUCGACACCUGAACUGCUUCUUAAUGCGGGACCAUCAGAUUAUCCAGCAACCUCUGUCCUAUGAGAACCUUACUCAGAGACUGACAAAGGAAGCUGUGCAGUUUAUAGGAAGGUACACUGAUGCACCGUUUCUUCUUGUCCUGUCUUAUCUUCAUGUUCAUACUGCUCUAUAUGCUUCAAAGAAUUUCAGAGGAAAGAGCAAGCAUGGUUUAUAUGGGGAUGCAGUGGAGGAAAUGGACUGGAGUGUAGGGCAGGUUCUGGAUGUGCUGGAGAAAUAUAAUCUGAGCGAUAAAACUCUUGUAUACUUUACAUCUGACCAAGGGGCUCAUGUUGAAGAAAUCUCCAGUUCUGGAGAAGUCCAUGGAGGAUACAAUGGCAUAUAUAAAGGUGGAAAAUCAAUGAACUGGGAAGGAGGUAUUCGUGUGCCAGGGCUUCUCCGUUGGCCUGGAGUGAUACAGUCUGGUGCCUAUAUUGAUGAGCCAACAAGUAACAUGGAUAUAUUUCCUACCCUAGUCAAACUUGCCAAGGCACAGUUACCCUCUGACAGAAUUAUUGAUGGACAUGAUCUGAUGCCCUUACUUCAAGGAAAAGUUACACGAUCUAAGCAUGAAUUUCUCUUCCAUUACUGUAAUGCAUACUUAAAUGCAGUGCGCUGGCAUCCAGGAAACAGUGAAUCUGUCUGGAAAGUCUUCUUCUUCACUCCAAAUUUCAGUCCUGAAGACUCCAAUGGUUGCUACGAUUCUCACGUUUGCUUCUGCCAUGGAGGAUUCAUCACAUGGCAUGAUCCCCCACUGCUCUUCGAUCUUUCCAGAGACCCUGAAGAGAAAAUUCCACUGACUCCAGAAACAGAGAGCCGUUUCUACGAAAUCCUCAGGGUCAUACACCUAGCAGUGGACAACCACACCAGAUCCCUGCAUGCUGUCCCUGACCAGCUGUCAUGGGACAACCUCCUGUGGAAGCCGUGGCUCCAGCCGUGCUGCUCAUCUCUCUUUCAGUCUUGCUACUGCGACCAUGACUCAGAAGGGAGCCUGACAGAGCUGCACUCGGGAUAAACAAGCUGCAAUUCCCUUUCAGAAACUGGAAGAAGAGAGUGUGGGUAGCUGACUUGAACCACUGCGGUACUAGCCUUUGGAAGGUUUUGUUAUGUAGGAGGACCUGUCUUUCAAUACAUCAUUGCAAUAGAAGAGAAUUUCAGUUAAGAAAAAUGUUCCAAGAGGAGGGCAAGACACACCUUUUCUGUCUUUAUAAUACAAGAAUUGGUAUGAAGUACAUGUUGCCAUCCUCAUCUGCAAAUGUGUAAGCUGUAGGUAUUUUCUAGAUGAGAUCAUUUUCUAGAUCUUCAGCUUCAGCUUUUUCUUACACAGUAAGGAAUUUACCUAUAGUUUCUGUCAAUUACAACCAAUAAAUGCACACUUUCCUGUCCUUUUUGCGAAGUAUUAUCCACCAUUGGUAGGACAUAGCACCAAGUAAUUGAAAAUAGACAGAUAAUAGUGAAGAGGUUCACCUGUUACUAUAAUUUGGUAACUGAUAGAUAGGUAAAGAGCAGACCUAUAACAGCAUCUCUAUUAACAAGCAUCAUGGAUAUAAAAUAAUAAACAGAUUGCCAACAACCUAAUAUUACAUGUGCCAUAAAAAUGUAGAGAGCUAUGUAGUGGGAGACCUUGCAUCCACAUUAAAAUGGUGGUCCCUGGCUAGUGUCUUAUUGCAUGGCAUCCACCUCUGUUUCCAAAGGAAACCACUUCAAGUGCACCAGAUGUGUGCUUGAGUGUGUACCAUAAGUCUCCAUAUAUAUAUAUAUAAUGCCAGCCAAAUUCAUAACCCCCCAAAACCUCACAAAUCCUUCAAUCCCUGAUAUAGACAUACCCUUAUGGUCAUAGCCCAUUUACUAAAAUCAAAGAUUUGGUCCAUACUUGAUAUCUGAGUUCCAAAUUCACAUGAUACUAUAAAGAUAUGUUUAUCUAUCUAUCUAUCUAUGAUACCUAUUCUUCCUCUGAUGAAUGUAGUGUGCAUCACAAAUAAAUAAAAUUUGGUCUUCCUUUAAAUAUCUUUGCCAUCAUUUAAGCUCUCUGAAUAGGAUCUAUCAUUUUCUGAGAAUAAACUUGGACUUGAGCACUUAAAGCCAAAUAUAACUGUGUCUGAGUUCUUAGCAAGGCCUUGGGAAAUCUACAGUACUUCAGGGCUAAUUUCUGUAUCCAUUUUUAUCUGCAUCUUAUUCAGGCACAUUUUUUUUUCCACUCUACAGGCAGACAAAUUAUUUUCUUUGGCAGAUUGUACCAUAGGAGAACAUAUCGGCAAAACACUAAAAUGAUUUGAUGUCUGAUAAUAGAAGAUGACUUGCUCCUUAUCAGAAAACACCGGUUAAUUCCAACAUUAUAAUGUAUUAAAAUCUGUUUGGUGGUAUUAGCAUAUCACUAAUGCAAAAGUGAUCUGUGAUGUAAUGCAAUAGCUUCAGUCAGCCAACAUUAAGGUUGUGACCUGGUUCUUGGGAGCUAUUGAAGCCUGUCCUAUAAAAAUAUAUUGUGAUAUAUGGUAUAUUUCUCUGUCUGUAAAACUUAGGCUUUAUUUGAUUUUUCUGCUGCAGUUUGACUCAAAAUUUCAUUCUCCACAAUAUCCAGAUGCCUGUCCUGGGAAAUGUACUCUUUCCCUGAAGUCCUAUUUUUGAUGUUUCACCUUGUGUUCAUGAUUGCGUAUCUUAAGUAUGUGCUCUGCAAGCUCUCUGUAGGUAGCAAAGUUCUGUUUCUGCUGAUAAAGGUAGUCUAGUCAAGUAUUUCCCUGAUAACCACUCAGGACUGUUUAUAUUGUACCUGGAAAGCUGUCAGAUGGCCAUUCAUAUGGCAUAAUUCCCUCUUUGCUUUAUUUAAUCACUGAAUGUACUACAUAAACUUAGGAAGAAAGAUGCUUGCAGUUUGAAUACAGGUACUCUUCUGCAGUGAUCAGUGGCUGCCUCUUGACAUCACAGCAGGAUCCAUACAUCCCAAAUUUUUGGUCCUCACCACGUGGCCCAAGAACCCCUUUGGGGCACAGCAGGUGGGCAGCCUGGGCUGUGGCCAGGGUGCCGGCUGCCCCGGCACUGGGCGCUGCGGCAAAGGGGGAUGCUCUAUCCAGCUCCCGCAGCUCUGCUGCAGCUUACACAAAACUCUUCAAGCAAAUAUUCCUGCUGAAGCGUAUGGGAGGAAAUAGGUUGUGUGUUAGGUAUACAGCAGUAACUCAGACAAGGUGUUUGGUGUCAUCAGAUCUGUUUUGUUCCCAUGGUUGCUGGGCUGCGACCUUAACAGGGAUCUCAAUUUAUAUUCUCAAGGACAUCCACAUCUAUGUCUUUUCAUUGGGAAGAUGCUAUGUUUCUAUUAUUUCUUUUCUGUCUGCUGGUGCAAGAAUUGUUUGUUCCGUUAGGCACGGCAGCUGUUCCAUGCUGCCUGACUGAGGUAUCAAAAAUGAUAAUUUUUCUACUGCUCUGAUUUCUUCUUACCUGAAUAUGGCCUUUCUUUUAUACCCUCCUUGGCUUUUGGUACCAUCUCUCUAAUCUCCUUUCUUAAAAAGUCCACAGACCUCAAAUACUUUUCCACCUAUUUCUUUGCCACUCAUCCCUUCCAUUUGCUUCUCAUAUUGAUCACAGUGGCUAUUUUGCCACAAUCAAUCAGAAAAUGAAAAAUGUUCUUUGUGAAAAGAUUUGACUUUUAGGACUCCUUGACUCUGCUAAACUCCUACUUAUUUAAGGUCUAGAGAGGAUUAACUUUGCAUUAUGAAAUCUAAGAAAUUAAAACACACCCAAGACACCCUGAAUAAUACAAGUUCUUUCUUCUUUGUGGCACAUGCUUCAUAUUUUUCAAAAUAUAAUUUAGUACAACAUUUAAUAUUUUGACUUAAGCAGUAAAAUCUGAAAUCCAUUUUUACAAUUGUUCCUUCGAGAAAGAUUCUAUUAAGAAUAGGGCAGUAUUUUUCAUACUCUAUGUUAAUGCCAUUUCAUUUAAUGCCUAAAAUAAACCUUCGCUUUAUUGCAAAUGUAUUAUACCUUUCAGUACUGUACCUUCUGUUCUGGAGAUGGCAUAUCAGACCAUGGUAAUUAAAGUAGACUUGUUUAUCUGCAAAAUAAAAGCACAAUGUACCAUUUUUGUAAUGCCACUGCCUGAUCUAACAAGGAAAAGUGUUGUUUGUCACAACAGGUUAUUGAUGGGAUAGACAUGAUUCACAAUUUGUUAACAAGGAAGUCUCAAGGAGAAUGUGCUGCUCUGGUACUUUGAGACUGACUUUCAGUCUAUCAUUUAACGAGCAUUGGUAUUGUAACAUGGUGCCUGCUUGUAGAAUAUGUCAGUUUAAACUGGGAGUUAAGCUUCAGAGGGAAGUGUAGUCCUCUACAGCAUUAUUUAAUGGUAUCACAUCCUGGUUUGUCACAGAGUCACUGUAUGGCCCAGAGCAAGUCAUUUAGCUCUGUUUCUCAGUUCCUCCUCUGUGCCCAAAGAAGGAUAACAGUAUUUCUCUAAAUGGUGGGAAUACUGAAAGAACAAAAAAUGCUGAAAGUUGUAAGCUGGUAAAGAUGCACUUUGUAGUCAAUAAGGCAUCUUCUUUACAGAAGGUACAGUUUAAGAGCUGGAAAACCAGGAUGUAGGAGAUGCCCCUAUACUAGGAGGCAUAAGAUACCCUUAACUUCAGGUUUGCAGACAGGUUUUGUGCUUACUGUUUAGCACAUGUGGGACUGGGGCCUGGAGGAAAGAGAACAGAUGGCUAAAAAUGGUGCACGCUGGGGAUUCAGAGAAAGAUAUUAGUCACGUUUUUUCUAAUUGUAUUUAUCUCUCUUUUAGCAGACAUAGGAAACUACACAGAAUUAUUUAAAUAGUAUUUCCCCCUCGGGGACUGGAUGUCACAGGUUCCUGGCUUUUAAAAAUAGAGAUGUCCUGACUUGCCUCAAAUUACUAUGUCAGAAAAAAAGAAAAGAAAAAAAAAGGGGGGAAAUAUGAGCCUUUGGAGAUAGGUGUCAGCUCACUGAAAUCCAACUGAAAGUUUACAGAGACCUAGGUGAAUAUGGUCUGUGUCCUUCACAGCUCAGUGAGAAUCAUCACUUGCCAGCAAGUUUAUUUCACAUUGUAGUACUGUGAGAUCUGGGUGUUCAGAUGUGUGGACAACGUAGAAAAUUUCACAGAAGAUAUCACCUGAUAUAGGAACAAAUGGGAAAAGAAAGAAAAAGAGGGCAAGCAUAGCUACAAAAAAAAAAAAUGUUCUAAUAGAGUACAUAUAUUAAAACAUAGGGGGUUUUGACUUACAUUAGGACACGACAGUCCUGUCCACAAGACAGACCUUUUCUUCUCUGUCAUUUCUCUUUCCUCUGGCAUUGCCUGUGCAACAUCUGAAAUAUGCUCUGAGGAGCUCAAUUCAGGAGGAGCCCACCCUGCCGGAGCACACUACAAGCAGAGCGGCCGGCUGCGUGGGCAGGAGGAAGGGCUGGCAGAGCAAAACUCUGCGCUGGGACCCACCAGGGAGCAGAUGGUUUCUAGGGGUUAUCUCCAACCCGAAGACAGAGGCCUGUGAAUUGCUGGUUCCUCCGGGUCCGUCAGGGACUGCAGGUGACCAGGAGGAAUGAAGAUGCCUCUGCGGCUGGCUGGACUGCAGUGUUUUGUUCUGCAGCAGUAUCCUUCAGUGUCAGACUGUCAGGUGGAAAUUUGCUGGGGGCCCACAGGAUGCAGGACCCAUGGCCUCCUAGUAAACGCACCAAGCAGGCUACUCCCAAAUCAUCAUUCAGGAGGUGACAGAUCUUAAUCUGAAGCUCUGGGUCUAAGACAGCGACUGUCACACAGUUUGUUCCCUGGAAGGCCAGAAGACCUGAGCCAGCCUCUAGGUUCUCGCAGUUUUACAGGCUGCUAAAACUGCAAAUAAUUCAGGGAGUUCUGGAAACACCCUGAUAGAUCAUAUGGCUUUUCCAAAAUAUUUUGGUAUUCUUGGUAGCUUUUAUUUACAUCAAAACCAAUAAGAAUCUGCCUAAAACUUCACCUGUACAGCAGACAAAGGAUGUCGCAAAUUGUUCUUAAGAAUGCCCAUGAUAGCUUUAACCUGCUGGUUCAGUACUGAGAGCGAUGAGCUUGCACCAACACAAGGUUCAGCAGCUGAAGGUUUCUUAUGCAUAUGGAAAGAUGCUGAAUUCCAGACUCCCACUGAAGCUUGCACUAUGCUGCCUAGUAGGAUAAAAACUGGCUUGAUUAUCCUCGCAUCUUUAAAUGUACUGUCAAAAAUAUGAAACAUUGCAGACAGUGCAUGAUGUGGAUUAUAGGCCUUGCAAACCUUAUACAGCAUCUCCUGAAUACUUAGAAAACAUUCCUUUAAUAUAAAUCAUGCUAGAUUCCCUGUGUAGAUUAAUGUUAGGCUUAUCUAUAAAAGAAUAGUGCCACAGGUAUUUUC